AUGCCUCUCCUGACGCUCCCCACCGAGAUCGUGAGCAUCAUUUGCAGCCAUUUGGACCCCUCCCACUUGUGCGCACUCCGAUUGACUUGCAGAGAUCUGUACUCCCUGUCCCUGGAAGCCUUCUCGGACGGCGCUUUCAAGAGCAUAUCCUUCCUAGUGACAACUGAUAGUCUUCAACGACUCCAAAAGAUCGCCGCCCAUGAAAUCUUCAGGCUGCGAGUCCAGGAGCUGUGGGUUGUGCCCGAUUUGUUUGGCAGCCUCGCCGAGCCUGAUUGCGGGUUGGCAAAGGGCCGGAUCCUCACGGCGGCGAUUAUCGAGGCGAUAGUGACGGAACAUCUCGACACCCUCGAGGCUGGUACUCUCCGUGAUGUUCUCAAGAUCUGCCUGGACGGUUUUGAGAACCUGAACCGCUUCGGACUGCGAUAUCGCCAUGUCUCCCAUCUAGCAUCGAAGCCUGAUAUCUGCUGUCUGGGCCUGCGCAAGGUAGAGGAACAGCUGGAUAGCAAUCGGACCUACCCACCGCCACAAAGUAGCGACAUCCAUCUCCGGCUCGUUCAAUCCCACGCCUUGGCCUUCUCCGAUUUUGUCCGAGCGGCCAUUGCAUGCAACCGCGGUCUCACCGGGCUUUCUACAUGCCGCCAUCAAUGCCGUGGCCUGGCACCCCGGGCCAUGACACUUACCCCGGCUCAGUACGAAUCUCUGCUGCCGCUUCUGAAGCAACUCAAGGAGCUACACCUCUGCAUUUCUGCGUUCGGACUACAAAUAGAUGAAGUCGCCUUCAAAUACCUCCUUGAAAUUCUCGCUGUCGCUUCCCCCAGUCUUGAACUCCUGACAUUCUCGCCUUGGAAUCGGGGGUACCGACUAAACCCUCAUUAUUUGUCCGGGAUCUCGCAGCGCCUUUGUUUCACACGUCUUGCGGAGCUCCAUGUCCGUGAACUUGAAAUCACUCCCGAUGCCUUGAAGUGCUUCAUACGCAGCGCGGCGCCGACAUUGAAGAUCCUUACCAUGAGAGCCAUCAGCUUGAUCGUUGAGGCCAUUCCCACGGUGGCCUACAGAGACGAGCUCAAGCGCUCGUGGGGGCAGAUUAUAGAAUUCUUUCGGGAUGAACUAUCGCUACAAUCUCUGCACAUGGCCUUCCUGUUCCACCGGGGUCGGAGGGUGGAAAUAAUCGACCGCUCGGGUCAGCUCGCCGGGAAUCCGAGGCCCAAUGACGGUACCCGCACUUUUUACAGUGCCGACCGGGCCCAGUUAUCCUUCAAGAGCUGGGUUGGCCAGUUAACACCAGGCCUGCGAGUGUUCACCGAGGUACGGUAG